AUGGGUGAGAUCAGCCAAGGUGCUGUGGAGCAAUACCUCGAGGAGAACCCUCAGUUCGCCAAGGAGUACUUCAAUAGGAAGCUGCGGGUGGAGACUCUGGGAGAAAUCUUCAAGAACAGCCGGGUGGCGGUCCAGGCCAGCAUGUCCUUCCCUGAGCUGACGCAGGUGGAGGAGUCAGCCGUGUGCUUGGAGCUGCUGCUGACUGGGCAGGAGGACGGGGGCAGCCCAGAGCUGGCGGCACACAAGGUCCUGCAGAGGCUGGCCCAGCUGCUGCACGCCGACCGCUGCAGCAUGUUUGUGUGCCGGGCCCGCAACGGCACACCAGAGGUGGCUUCCAGGCUGCUGGAUGUCACCCCCACCUCCAAGUUUGAGGACAAUCUGGUGGGCCCUGAUAAAGAAGUUGUGUUUCCAUUGGACAUCGGGAUAGUGGGUUGGGUUGCUCACACAAAGAAGACCCUUAAUGUCCCAGAUGUGAAAAAGAACAGCCAUUUCUCUGACUUCAUGGACAAGCAAUCAGGCUACGUCACUAGGAACUUGCUGGCAACCCCAAUUGUGAUGGGCAAGGACGUUCUCGCUGUGGUUAUGGCAGUUAACAAAGUAAACGCAUCUGAAUUUUCCAAACAGGAUGAAGAGGUCUUUUCCAAAUACCUCAACUUUGUUUCUGUCAUCCUAAAACUUCAUCAUACCAACUACCUGUACAGUGUUGAAUCCCGAAGAGGCCAGAUCCUCAUGUGGUCAGCCAAUAAAGUGUUUGAGGAGCUCACAGAUGUUGAGCGACAGUUUCACAAGGCGCUCUACACAGUCAGAACAUAUCUGAACUGCGAACGCUACUCCGUCGGACUGCUGGACAUGACCAAGGAGAAGGAAUUCUAUGAUGAGUGGCCGGUCAAGCUUGGAGAAGUCGAGCCUUAUAGAGGCCCAAAGACACCAGAUGGCAGGGAAGUUGUCUUUUAUAAAGUCAUUGAUUACAUUUUACACGGAAAAGAAGAGAUCAAAGUGAUCCCGACACCUCCUGCAGAUCACUGGACACUCGUCAGUGGGUUGCCAACGUAUGUUGCUGAAAAUGGAUUUAUUUGUAACAUGCUGAAUGCCCCUGCAGACGAAUACUUCACAUUUCAGAAAGGACCUGUAGAUGAAACUGGCUGGGUCAUUAAAAAUGUCUUGUCCCUGCCUAUUGUCAACAAGAAAGAAGACAUUGUAGGAGUAGCUACGUUUUACAACAGGAAGGAUGGAAAACCUUUUGAUGAACAUGAUGAAUACAUUACUGAGACUCUCACACAAUUUCUUGGAUGGUCGCUUUUAAAUACUGACACCUAUGAGAAAAUGAAUAAGCUAGAAAACAGAAAGGACAUUGCUCAGGAAAUGCUCAUGAACCACACCAAAGCCACUCCUGAUGAGAUUAAGUCUAUUUUGAAAUUUAAAGAGAAGUUAAAUGUAGAUACAAUUGAAGACUGUGAAGAAAAACAACUUGUCAAAAUUUUGAAAGAGGACUUGCCAGACCCAAAGGCAGCAGAACUGUAUGAAUUCCGCUUCAGUGACUUCCCCAGUACAGAGCACGAAUUGAUUAAAUGUGGACUACGACUGUUUUUUGAAAUAAAUGUGGUGGAGAAAUUCAAAGUACCCGUAGAGGUUCUUACCAGGUGGAUGUACACCGUGAGGAAAGGCUACCGCUCUGUCACUUACCACAACUGGCGGCAUGGAUUCAACGUGGGCCAGACCAUGUUUACUUUGCUGAUGACAGGAAGACUAAAGAAAUACUAUACGGAUCUUGAAGCCUUUGCCAUGCUUGCUGCUGCUUUCUGCCAUGACAUUGACCACAGAGGCACCAACAAUUUGUACCAGAUGAAGUCCACAUCUCCAUUAGCAAGGCUGCAUGGGUCUUCUAUUCUGGAGAGGCACCACCUGGAGUACAGUAAGACUCUACUGCAGGAUGAGAGUUUAAACAUUUUCCAGAAUCUAAAUAAGCGGCAGUUUGAAACAGUUAUUCAUUUGUUUGAGGUUGCAAUAAUAGCAACUGACCUGGCUUUAUAUUUCAAGAAGAGAACCAUGUUUCAAAAGAUUGUUGAUGCCUGUGCACAAAUGAAAACUGAAGAAGAGGCUGUCAAGUAUGUAACCACUGAUACAACCAAAAAAGAGAUUAUCAUGGCAAUGAUGAUGACUGCAUGUGACUUGUCUGCUAUAACCAAGCCCUGGGAGGUACAAAGUCAGGUAGCACUUCUGGUUGCCAGUGAAUUUUGGGAACAGGGAGAUCUGGAGAGAACAGUGCUGCAGCAACAACCAAUUCCCAUGAUGGACAGAAACAAAAAAGAUGAACUACCCAAACUUCAAGUUGGAUUUAUUGAUUUUGUUUGUACUUUUGUAUAUAAGGAGUUCUCACGGUUUCACAGUGAAAUCACACCUAUGCUGAAUGGUCUUCAGAAUAACAGAGUAGAAUGGAAAACCCUAGCUGAUGAGCAUGAUGCAAAGGUGAAGGAAAUUGAAGAGAUGAAAAAGCAGGAAGAAGAAAAAGGAAACACAAUGGAAAAAGCUGCUGAAGACUCAGGAGGUGGUGUUGAUGACAAAAAGUCCAAAACAUGUCUAAUGUUAUAAUCCAAUGCGUCUAAAUUUCAAAUAUCAUUUUACUUUUGAAGAAAACCAGAAAACAUUCGAAAGAACUUCAGCAAAUUUCAUUUAGCAAACCAUCAAGUAACAGAGUAAAAGAAUCUUCAGAAAAACUACCCUGUGACUAUCAAAAUAUAAAUCACUAGCCUGAAAACCCUGAGGAUAAAAUAAAGUUCAACAAAAGUGAAAAGUAAGACAAAAAUAGGUGUAUUUUUGGUGCCAAUUUAUUUUAAAGUAAUAAAUAUGCAAUCCUGAAACUAGUUACAGAUUCUUUUAAGUUAUUAAUUGUAUUUAUUUGCUAAAAAUGCCAUAACAAAGCACCACAGACUGGGUGGCUUAAACAACAGAAAUUUACUUUCCCAUAAUUCUGGAGGCGACAAGUUCAAGAUCAAGGUUUUGGCAGGGUUGGUUUCUCAUAAGGCUUCUCCGCAUGGUUUGUAGAUAGCAAUCUUUUCCCUGAGUCUUCACAUGGUCUUCCCUCUGUGUGUGUGUCUGUGUCUGUGUCCUAAUCUCUUCUUAUAAGGACACUAGUCAUACUGGACUAGGGCCCUUCCAUGAGACCUCACUUUAAUCUUAAUUACUUU